UUUGCGUGACCGCGGCAGGUUGGUCCUAGAGCAGAUGAGCGCAGAAUAUUUAGGCGAGAGCGCGAGGAGGGGGGAGCGCGGGGCAGGAGGAGUAUCUCGGCCGAGAAAAUUAUGCAUGCGUUAGGGAAGCUCUGAGAGAAUGGCUGUGGAAGCUCUCCACUGUGGCUUGAAUCCCCGGGCUGUCGAUCACUCCGCCCGGGCCGAAGGCAUUAAACUGCAGAUUGAAGCGGAAGCUGUGGAAUCUCAACCCAUUAAAAACAAAAAUUUUCAGAAGGUGCUUGACCAAAAAGGAACCCCCAAGCGACUGCCAACAGAAGCUGAGACGGCUAAGUCGGCUACGGUGAAGCUGUCGAAACCAGUGGCUCUGUGGACUCAACAGGAUGUCUGCAAGUGGCUGAAGAAACAUUGUCCGAAUCAGUAUCAGAUCUACAGCGAGUCAUUCAGACAGCAUGACAUUACUGGGCGAGCCCUGCUGAGACUGACUGACAAAAAGCUUGAGCGGAUGGGGAUUGCCCAGGAGAACCUCCGGCAGCAUAUCCUACAACAGGUGCUCCAGCUGAAGGUGCGCGAAGAAGUCAGAAACCUACAGUUACUCACACAAGAAUCCUUUCUUUUAGUAAAUAUAAUUGCCGAAUCUCAACUCUUUGAAGUUUUGCACUCUCUCCAUUUUCAUGAGGACAACCAGAAGUGAGAACUUUUUAAAAUUCCUCAACCGAGGGUUCUCCAUAAACGUGGUUAGCCUUCCAAGCUGCUGUCCUGCCAGUUGAUAUGAACGUGGCCUGUUCCUCACAGAAAGACUAACUCAUGGCACUGCCAGAAGAUCUCCAUGGAGCACUGACAGAUUAACCAGAUUAACUGAAAAAACUCCCAUUCGGUCAAGAUCAUGGGCUUUGGAAAAUCUUAGUUUGCUGUGGAUUUUAAAAUGAGGUGCAUAAUACACAGUGCCAACUUGCUCCAAGUGGUCAUUGGCAGACCAUUAGCUGGAAAAUUGCUUCCAGUUUUCAUCACUGUGCAUAACUCAAGCUCCCUUAGGGGAGCUGUCUGUGCCCUUCACUAGAAGUCCUAUUUUAGCAUGGCAACUACUGGAUUAUUUUAUUAUGUGUGCAGAUGGCAUGAUGUGUUAGACAAAAAAAAAUCACAGCAGUUCUGCAAUCUCAGUGGAAGCGUUCACGAUACUCUGCCCUGGUAGGAAUGUAAACAUGUCUUGAUUAUGUUAGUUACAAUGUCUAAAGGUAUUCUCUCCAACUCUUAAGCACUUUACAUGAGAACACGACACCAAAACCAAUCAGCACGUCCAGUACACGUGGGAAAACAAGUAUUCUCUCUCUCUCUCUUUUAUAAAUCUUGUCUUCUUUCUGGCUCAGACUGUCCAAGACAAGCUCCGCUCCCAACGUAUCCGCAGUCAUCUGCAGUACAUUGGGGUAACCAUGGCCACGAUACCGUUCAACUUGACCUGUUGAUACUUUAGGCAACCAGUUGGGUUUCUUGCUGUGCCAAAGGGGAGGAGAAGAGGUCUGGUGGUUGAAGUAUCUUAGGUCUUGGUUCCUGGUACAGGGGCCCAACUCAGCACAUCUACACUCAGACAAACACAGGAGGCUUCUAGGUGGCCAGGGUACACAUUCACUCCCUCUACAGCAGAGUGUUUUCAAAGAACAAAAGGGGAUGGCUCUUUAAUCAAAGACUGUGGUAGGUUGAGGGAAAGGGCAGCAGAAUACAGUUUUCCUGUGUGGUCUGACUUUACAACUUUAGAAAACUUUUUAGGUCAAAUUUAAAUCACAGCUCUCGGAAGAGGAGGAAUAGCAAGUGUCCCCCUGCGAGCCUGAAGAAGGAAAAGGGCCCAGUCCACACCAGGUUGCUGCCUCAGUAGGGAACCUACUAGUCCCCUUUAAUCCGUUCUGGGAUUAUAUCCACAAUUAAUUUUUUUUUUUUUAACUAUGUCUUACAACAAAGCACAGUCAACCCAGUUAUUGCUUGUCUUUGGGCAUUAGAGAGACGCCCAUAUUGGCCAACCCUACCUAAUGCUUUAGCUUUUUUUUUCCCCCUGGAAAUAGAAACUUGGCUGAAUGGAAAAUUCAGCAGAUAUGUUCUGCGUACCCACAAUCCUAGUCUGGGACUGACAGGUGUCGGAGGCUUUUCUUUAAACAUGUGUCCCCACACUGGGAUCCUGCUAGCACAAGGAAGUUUGGCAUUUGGGGGUGGGGGAGCGGCCGUAUGCACACUCAUGGUCUGCUCUACCCUUGUGGAGGGGGUUGGAUCUCAGGAAAUGCACAGCACAUUGGAAAAUGCCCCCAGCUGAGAUCUGGAAAAUUGACAGGAGAAGAGAAAGAGACCCAAAUAUGCAGGUGAGUCAUCCCGUAGGAGUCAUCCCUUCAGGCUGUGUUGCCGAAGAAGGGGGCUUCCGAGAGGGAACUCGGAGGAGUGUCAGUCACCAUCAAGAUCCGGCCUUUCAUGGGUCAGCACCAGGACCGUCAGGCUCUCACAAACCAUAAUUCUUUACAAAUCCAGAAUCGGGCAGCCAAACCGUGACUGUAAGAGCCCCUGGAGAGAACACUCCGCUCUCUCCUGCACACCCCCUGAGCAUCUGUUCCAACAGCAAGGCUUCCUUCUUCUUUCAUCCUUUCUUUUAUUUAGCAAGGAGCUAAAUAAAAGUGUUGAGCACCUACUACGUGCCAAGCGUUGCAUUGGGAUAUCAGUAGAGUACAAGGCCAACUCUCCAUGCCCUUCUGAAAUGGUCUGCUCCCCCUAGACAGUGCCCCCAUCCCGGCUUUCCCACAGUGCAAACAGAAUUCAGACAGCAUUCACCCCUCACCAGAGUAGGCUCGCAGAAUGCACAUGGCAGCAGGCAGCCCUCUUGGCCAAGGAAGGAGACAAUGGAGGAAGAGGUGGUACAGCAUCAGGUCACAUGUUACCAUCCUCGUGUACAGCCAAGCCUUCCUGGGCCCAGCCUUGUCUUCCUAAAUCAGCUUUCAGUUGAGCUCCUGGCUGUUCACCCUGGUCAUCCGUGUUCCCCUCCUCCAUACAGGCACAACCUGCUGGUCAUGAUGCUGGGUUCUUUGAAGCUCCAGUUCUCAGCGGGGUCCUGGAGACCCAGAAUAGUUUCUCCGGAGUCCAAAAGAACUGUUAGUUGCUGAGGUCCUAUAGCUGAGAAUUCAUUGGUUUAUGAGUUCAGGGUCAUUCCGAAACUAUGACUAACAACCCUGAAAGACUGAACACAUCUUAUGGUACAAAUGGUCAUUAAAUGAUGGUGGUUCAUCCUUCCUUCCUUUGGCUUUCACAAAAUAUGUUCUGAACAAUUAAAUAAGGAGAGUUUCCUAUGCUUUUUUUUUUUUUCAGUCGAAAGUGUACUGAUAGAUUAUUAAAGGGUGAUGGGUAAGGGUGGAGAUGGGGAAAGGCAAACUUGAAGACCAUGAAAGAACCCAGUUGAAGACGGCAUCUCUAAAAAUGCCUUCAUUCCUGACGUACCAGGUAUUUGUGUAUGAGCUGCGACGUGUUUUCCAAACCGUCAACCUCAUUUUGAAAUCAUCUGGUGGGGGUGGGGGGGGAUGGUUUUGGAAACAUGGCGGGAUAAGAAUCUGAGCGGUCACUUGUUAAACCAGCAAAAUGGAGAAAUGACCUCCUUUCCAGCCUUCGGGGUCUUAGUACUGUGUUGAUCCACAAUUUCCCCGUCAUUACUUCCUGCUGUGCUGUCCCUUCUUCCCAAGAUAUGUGGAGGAAAUUUUACCUCCCAGAAGUUCAAGAAUGUCUGUGAGGAGUUUUGUUUAAGGAGGCAGCGGGAGACCAGGAGGUAAGGGAUAAAUAUUUUGAUGUCUAAGGGCUAUAAACUGUUGAUGCUUGACUUUUCCUUUUACUUAAACCUCUGCUACACCUUUUAUUGAAAGGCUGACUCCCAUACCUGUGCAGGAAAGACACUCUUGGGAGUGAACAGAAAUGAAUAAUUAUCAGACUCUCUGGGGUGCCAAGGGGAUUAGCUUGUUUCAGCUUCAGAACCGAAUUUAAAAUAAAUGCAGAGCAUCGGUGGUUCUGCGAAGGCGAAAAGCAAAUCACUUCAGUAGUUUAAGACAUACCUAGGGGCUAGAGAUCCUAUAAACUUUCUUAUGGGUAAUGGCGUCCCUUCAGACCCCUGCUCAGGCUCUAUGAGCUGUGUAACUGCACAUUUGACUUCUACCUCCAGAACAGGGGAAGCAACCCCAACUUCUCUCCAAAGUCACUCCUCAGCUGUUCAGACAAGGUUAACAGUCCUUAUUCUGAGGGAAUUCUGCCGUUUUUUAACACUCAAGGGGAAAAGGAAUAUCAACUCUACUGAAGUGUAUAACCUGAGGAGAGAUUCGUCUAAUGGAUUUAGCCCAGUGUUGCUUGCGAAGGCUUGCUUUGUCUGCAAAUGUCACACGAUUGAUGUUGGAAAGGAAAAAUAAAAGUCUCUCAGAAAAGCUUCCAAGACCCCCUUAGCAUUUUAGCUUUACCCAAACCUCCUCUUUUCUGUGCCAUAAGCAGCUUCAUUCUUUGUGAUGUUUUCCUCCACAUUCUUUGGAGUAAUUUUGUUACUUGACAACUAGACUUAAGAUUGCUAUAGACUCUUUUUGAAAAAUCUAAUGUUUGAAAAUGACAGAAAUUCUUUUACGCCUUAAAGGCUGUUUUUAUUCACCUCUCCCACAACCCUCUCCACUCCACUUUUUUGCUUUUUUUUCCUUGCUUUUUUUUUUUCUUUUAAUCUUUCCUUUAAAAAAAUUCCUUGGGUAGAUUUUGAGGAUUCGCUCAAGAACUCGAACGGAAAAACUUAGCAUUCCCCCUUUCCCCCAGUACUGACUAAUAAUUCCUUCUUCUGCUUGAUCUCGGUGAGGGCUUGCUGUCCAAACAGCAGUGGGAUGUGCGUUCCCGUCUCUAGGGAAUGACCGGUCAAAGCUGCUCAUCGAAACAGAGCCCAUGAGAUUAUGAGGGAGGAUAGACCAAGAGGUGCUUCUGCUCAGGGCACAGCUGGGGACUCUAUUUCAAAGACAACAAGGUCCUGCUCCUCUGUUUCUUUAGCUCUGCAUCUCAUCCCGGAGCCAGAGAACUGUCUUAGGAAUUCUGCUUCAUCAGUGUGCGUGAUUCCUGGUACCACUGCACACCUUCGUGUCAAAUAGAGCCCCAUUUCCAUUAUUUUGCUCGGUGACUUACUCCUGUGGAGAGAUAGGGACAUUCUUUGGACAGUGAAUCAGCUGUGGGAAGCUUGAGGAAAAAGUUGGCCACGUGCCCAUGAAGGUUCUGCCACACCUUAAUGAAAAAACAAAGUAGAUCCUUCCCUGGAGAUUCUCCUGUGGGAAGGUGGCUUAGAGGGAUGGUAUCCAUUCUGGUUUUCUUCUGGCUAUCACCUUGGCCCUGCAGGGAAUGUUCUGGGGGUGGGAAUAGGCUAUGGAGCACCAUUUCUAGGAUCUAAACUGGAAGAGGAAGUUCACCUAUAAGAUAAAAGUUAAGGGGAAAUGCCAGUGAGUAUGGGACCAGUUUUAGACCUCCUGCCCAACAGCACAAAGAUUGACAAAUGACUUCCUCGGGAUAGCAGAAAAUGGGUGUAAAAGGCUUUGUAAGAUUAGAGUUUCAAGCACCAUGGAGGGCGAUUUUACAAUCUCAAAGAGCUCCGAGCGUUCUAACAUCAGAGCCUCCCUUCCCCAAUUACAUCAAGCACAAAAAGGCACCAACAACGUACACCUAAAAAAAUUUCAAAGUAACCCUAUAACUUGCACCGAAUUGAGUUGACUGGUUGCCAUAAUGUUAAGUGUUGUAGAUACAUUCUUUGAUUCUACAGUAUUAUUUUCAUAUUUCAGAGCCAAUGGUUCUGGGAUUUCAUUUCUUUAAUGGCUUGUCUUGUUGCUGCUGUCAUUGUUCCAAACCUCCAACAUUUCCAGGAGCCUUGGGAAGGCUCUUAAACCCAGGCCUUUUGGUCUCCAGUGCAGAGUGACACAAACAGCCCUAUCGACGUGAAUGCCGCAGAGACUCCGACUUUAAUCCAGCUGGAGACGCUAACCCCCAGAACCAGGAAGACACUGAAGACCCCGCUGGUUGCUUUCUGCGUUACUUAGAACCUUUCACAGUUCCAUUGUUUGGAUCAAAGGAAAUAAAUGGGCUGUUCUCCACGUGGCUUUGCCCCGUUGGCACACACAGCACGAUCACGUGUGGAAUUCUAAGCUGGGUAUACAAGCAAGAACUUGCAGAUCUGUUUUGUGUGAUUGUAUCUAGACACCACUCUCCCCAAAUUCUACAGCAACAUAUUCACGAGCUUUACUCUGUCAAAACAAACAAUUCUAAAACAAGAGAUUCUUAUUAGGUCAUUAUUUCUCCCGCAGUGGGAAGACUGGUUUUGUGACAUAACUCUGAAGAAAUACUUGCCUGCCAUUAAACGCGAGGGUCUGGUGGUUGCCCUGUUCCACAGAUUGAUGCGGUCCUUCUCCCAGCCCACAGAGAAAGUUGGCCUGGUCUCCCCCCAAAAUAGCACAAUGACCAUGAAGCUCUGGGUAGUCUCCCUAUGCAUGCCUAAUUUUAAGAGAACGAUUUGGACUGAGCCUGGCCAUGGUCUUUGAUUAUGUGACCCCCUAAAUCAAUUUGAAUUCUUUACACAAAUAUAAAUAUAUAUUACAUAUAUAUAUUUUUUUUAAUUGCCCACCAUCCAGUGCAUUUAAUGCGUCUGCAUGGAAGCUGCCUGCUGACACUGGCAGCUUUGAACAGUUCCCAUACCUAUUUCCCAUACAGGAGAGGACCGAGAACAUUUCCCCAUACACCAGCUGCAGAAGUUUGGAAGUGUGUGACCAAGUUCUUUUCACAUCAACAGGCCUCGGUUUAUAGGAGGUAAACUAAAAAGAGAAUGGGAUGGGGUGGAGAGGUGGGGCGGGGCUGGAGGGGCACAGAGUGGUGUUCGAACACGGGAAUCUUUGUCUUUUCCAUUGUGUUGCAACUCUCCUCUCCAGCCACUAGAAAGAGCUGUAUUAGCCUCUCCAGUGAGUGUUGCCCCCCCGCCACCAGGGGUGGGAGGUCAUUGGGGUUCCACUCCCUUAAACUCACAUGUAGGCAAUUUGAGGUUCUCUGGGUCUGGGAAUGGUUUGUCCACCACUACUUUUCCUCCGCUGAUAGAAAAAUGCUAUCCCUACAAGGCCGUGUUUGACAAGACCGUGGCUUGGCUAAUGAAAUUCACGGUGCACUGAACUGAGUAACGUUAGGCUCUGGACUUGGCACUGUAAGUCCCAGUCAUGACUGACCCAGAAGCAACCAGUCCGCUGAAAAGCCAAGCCAGCGCCCAUGUUUUGAAACUAAUUCCACUAAAACUCUUGUGCCGUUAAACCAUACUACUGUAGUUCCAAUUAAUCUAGCUCUUUAAUAUCAUCAGCCACUAAAUGAAAUAACUGUACCCAAAACUUGAGAAAAGAUCAAUAUUGUAACAAAAUCACAUUAUUAGCAGUAAAUCGCACCUGAGAAAAGAAAAUAUUGACCUGUUGUGGUUUAUACUUGAGUUAUUCUUAGGCCUUUGUGGAUCUGGCACUGCUCUGAGAAAGGGGAAGAAGAGGUUUUGAAUUCAAGAAUACUAGGAUUCCGUGGAAAUCAGCCAUCUCUCUGGGCUUCUGCUCAUCUGUCCUGCAUCAGCAGACAAGGUGGUUCGCAGGCUGGAAUGAGCUAAGGGAGGGUAUCCUGGACCCCUAAUAGAAAGCACAGUGAACUGCACUUUAAUUGUGAGCUCUUUCUCUUUCUGUUUUCUCCUGGUAGCUGGUAUUCCUGAGAGCCCAUCCUGGGUUUAGAAAAGAAAGAAGGAUAAGAAAGUAACAAUCAGCUUAUUGCAUAUGCACACAAGCUUUUUCUAAUACAGGGAAACUGGUCUGCAGAGCCCACAGCCUAGGUGCCCAUGUAUCUCCACUUCUCUGUUACCGUUGACCUAACCAAGGGAGAGAGUCUCAGGUUCGGCUUAGUGCAGGGGAAAAUUGCCAAUCUCCAGGUUGGGGAAGACCAAUGAAAGUGUGAAGUUGACAAGCUGAGGUUCACAGGAAGCAGAGAGCCUCCUCGAACGUCAUUGACGAGCUGCUGUAUAUUAGUAUUUGUCCUAGGCAAGAAAGAGUAAGAAAAAUCACACGAUGUGAACUGAAUGGAAGACCGGUGCUCUCAGUAAGGUGUGAGGGGAGAAAAAUCUCAUGAAAAAACUGGUUCACAGUUUUACAAACACUAACAAACAUGGCUAUAAAAGCACAUUUCAUAAUACAAAAGCCUAUAUAGAGGGUAGAAAUUUUUAUAGCUUCCUUAAGUGAGUAGUUAAACCAGCAGUCUGAAUUCUCUUGGUCCCCAAACAGUGGUUAAUUAAAUAAGCAUUUUCCUUAUCCAUUGCCCACAUCUGUGGAUUUUUUUUUUUUUUCCUCUAUGCACCCUACAAAAACUCCCAGGACUAGGCUUAGGAGAACUCAAGCAAGUUACAUGGUAAAAUCAGAGUGCCUUUUCUGUUGGAUGUUCACUUUGGUUCCCUGGGUUCCCAGGGCAUACAAUGUUUAGAAACUUUUUUCUCUAAACAUAAGAAUUAUUGUGCACCACAAUCUUGAACCAACAAUUUCCAUAUCUUAAGCAGCUAUCAACUUGCCAAUUCCCUCUGGGUCUCCUUUAUAUUUUCUUAUAAUGUUUCUUUCUGUUUUGGGUUGUUGUCAAAAAGAGUUGGGGGGCAUGUUUCUUUUUAAAUUGAUAGAAAUGAAACUGUACAGAUUUUUGCCCCCUUGUAUCCGUAAGCAUGAUCUCUAUCGGGCUUGAAAAUCUGCUUUAUCAUUUUGUAUAUUGGACUAUUUUGUAUUCAGCAUUACUUGAUUCCUUAUGUGCAUGGCAAUGUAUUAAAAUAUGGGAUUUCUA